UUUAUUUUUUUUUAAUUUUUAACUGUUUCCCUCUUAAAGAAAGGCAACGGUCACGUUCAUUUAAAUUUGAAAAUUCGUAACAAUUCGGAACUCUUCGGAAAUAAUCGUCUAUCGGUUAGUGGCGUCGUAAAUAUUCAAAGAGAAAUAAGCGAAACUGUCUAAAGUUCACGAAUAAAAAACGCUCGUAUUGUUGCAUUAACACGUUGAUUUUCGUAUCUUUAAUUGUCGAAGUGAAAUUUCUACCUGCGAAGCUGCAUCGUAAACAAAAAAUAUAACCUGUAAAGAUCCAAUGUUUUCUGAUGGCCAAGCUGAGAUCACAUUCGGAAAUCUUGAGACAGACGAGCGUUUCAAAAAAUUGGAACGUUCCUUGAAGCUGGCUCUGUUGAAAAAGGGCAUGCAAAAGAGCAAAGCUUUGCCGGUGACAACUUGGCCCAGCAUUUCAAGUAUUAAUGUAGAUACUUUAGAUUCCAGCUGUAUGACUCCAUCAUCGCAAACUUCUGUGAUCAAGAGUGAAGUCCUAGCUUCCAGCAACAAUCUAAGAAACUUGCUUUUAAAGAAAAGUCAUAAUAUCGCGCAGGAUGUAAUGACUACAUCUAGUGUCAAACAAUAUCGUACUCAGCAGGAAAACCAUAUGGAUCGUCUUAUUAUGCCACCACCAGCAGGAACUAUGGUUUAUCGGACUUUAAAAGAUUCGCAGGACAGAAUUAUGUCGAAUUAUGAAAAGGCACCAUCAACUUUCAAUAAAUCUAUAAAAUCUUCCAUAGAAAAUACAUUGUCUUUGACAAGCACUCCCAGUUGGAUAUCUACUAAUAAUACACAUACUAAUCAAGAACAUCAAAAUGUUUUGGUAGCAUCAACAACUCCUGUUAUAAAUAACAUCAGAGUUUUUUCAAAAUGGAAAGUUAUGUUAAAUGACCGAUACGAGUUGAUAAUUAAGGGGACAUUGGAAUGUGGAAGGAUUGCACGUAGCAAACCAGUUAUUAGAAGAUAUUCCGCGAUGUGUGUUGAAUCUAAAUACAAGCACAAAUACAGUCUUCAAGGAAAUAUUGUCGAUGAGAGAAAUGCAUUACCAGAUUAUAUUCGUGGAAAAUUUUAUAAUGGCUUUCCUGAUGAUUGGGAGAAUGUCUAUCAAAUAUGGAGAAUGUACUUUAGCCAGGGAUGUCCAGUAACAUUUCGUUGGCCUACUCCAAUUACUGACAGUGAUGACGACUUAAAAAGUGAACUGACAGAUUUCACAUGUGCACGCGCGAGAAUUAACGAAACUGUUCCUUCUGUGGAAUCUCAUAAGUCAAAUGAAUAUAUUAAGGUUGAAGAUCUGAGCAACACAACUUCUGGAAAGGAGAAAUGUCAUAAUUAUUUUACUCAGAAUUCUACAAAUUAUAAGAAAAGCGCAUCACCUGUAAAGUCUUUAAUUUUCAAUUCUGAAAAAGAUAUUCCUGUUGUACAAACGAAAAAUGUAAAAUCACUGUGCAACGAAGAUAUCGAACAAAAUGUCGAAUUAAAUACAAGUCGAUCUUUCGCGUCUAAAAAAGUAAUUGAAUUAAAAGAUAUUUUUCAAGAGAAUAAAUUGAACAUUAUUAUCAAGAAUUUGGCAGACCGCAAUUGUCCUCCAAAGUAUAUCGACAAAAUUAUCGAAAUGUUUAAUUGUUUGGAGUAUGUAGAAUCAUAUGGAACGGGAUCGGAAAGCAAUAAUAAUUCGUUGGUUAAUUGCGAAAUGUCCAAGUUGAAAACAAUUCCGCAAUCGAGUUUAGCACACGAUAACAAUUGCACGAGCAUUAAUAGAUUUAAAAACAAAAUCGAAAUGAAAAGUUACGGACAUUCCACCGAUCUGGGAUACGGAAGCAUAAAAAAUGAUUCUAACGCAGUCUACUUAUCGAAUCCAGUGAAUAUCGAAUCGGGACAUGACAAAGAUUCAGAUAAAUCAGAGAGUGAGACUUAUGCAGGCAUACCAAAAAUAUCGAUCGGACGAAUUUUAAAAACCAGAGACGCUACAUCUAGAAAUAUAUAUAAACGUAAAAUAAAGAAGAAGACAACUUAUUCAGUUUCUCAAGAGCCUACAGUGAGUUCAAUCGACGCCAAGAAAAAUUUACUUCCAGAUGAAUCUUGCAUCAGUAUUACGGAGGAUGAAGUGGAAACAGUGAAGAACAGAGAGCAUGGCAAAAUAACGAAUGUUCAAGAACCACAAGAAAUUAUCUUUUUGAGUCAUCAAAAGAUACAGAGGAAUAAUUUUGACGAAUACGAAAAAAGCAAGUUUGUAAAGUCUGCGCAAAAUGAGUCACUCGAUGCUUUGAAAGGGCAAAGAGUCAACCGAAAUAUUUUUACAAAAGAACAGAAGAUUCCUUAUAGGAUUCAGAAUACACGUUCACAAUUCAUUACGGAUGUCGAUUACACCACGAAUUCUGAUAUCGAUAUUGUAACUAUAAGCACGAAUUCGCGAAAAUCAGGCAAAAAUGCGGCAGGAUCGCAUGUGGCAGGAUCCAAUGUGGACCAAGAUAUUAUGAUAAAUAACGAGAAUAAUAACGUCUUUCUCGAGAAGCCGUGCGCCUCUCCAAAAUUAAAUGACGAAAAAUUUGUUGAACAAUCGAAAAAUGAGACUGUUACGAAAAAAUCAAAACCUACUAUAAUCAGUUCAGUACCAGUAAAUUUACACUUAACAAUAAGUAAUGCAAAGCUGAAGACCGGACAAUCACGUAGUUCCGACACGGAAAACGAGGAUAAGCAGGAUACGAAUAUUCGGUCAUCGGAGGAAGCUGAUAAGAAAUCCAUGUUGAAAACAAAAUCUGUGAUUAAUGAUUUUAAUUCUUAUAAGGCAACAAUGAUAAAAGAAAUAUGUCCGAUAAUGAAAAACAAAAAUGAAUGGAAUAAUAUAAAACCUAUUAAUAUCUCGCCAAAUCUAAUGACGACACAGCCUGAAGACAGUAAACUUGGAGAUGAGAAGAACAUCAAAAUAUUGAUGUCAUGGAUGCCAAAAAUAGUGUAUUACAGGAAAUCAGCGUCUGAAUUAGGUUUAACUUUUCAAGGAAAAUUGCUCAACGAAGUUGGUCAUAUUAUGAAUAGAAAAUUUACAACGGAUAUUGUGCUGAGGCGACUUUCAGGGACUAUGAUCGAAACGGUGAAUCAUGAAUUUUAUGAACUCCUUGGACCUUUGAAUGAUAACAAGCAUUCUAUCCCUAGAGAACUUGUAAAACAAUGUCGUUACGGAUGUCCUGCCAAUAUCGAGAAAUUCUGUCUGACUUGGAAAUCGUUGCAACAUGAAAAUGUUCAAGAAGUUAAAAAAAAAGUUCAUGAUACAACAAUGGACUCACUGAAUGCACCUAUUAGUUCGAGAGGUCGUCGGAUCUUACCUCCAUUAUGUUAUUGGAGAGGUGAACGUAUAACUUUGAAAGAUAACAAUCCAAUUUAUAGUCCAGGCAAUUCGCAGGAAUCAUCAUUACUUUCACUGACUGAUAAUUCGAAAGAAAUUCAAAAGAAUAUUGAGGAUACUGAAGAAAAAAAGAAAGUAAAUCGCAAAAAUAUAUCAACGAAGCAAAAUGCAAAUAAGAAAGUUCUGCAAUCUGAAUUAAAUAAAAUUUCUGAUACAAAUAAAAAUUCGAUUCGAGCUUCAGAAAAGUCACCUAAAAUCAAAGCUACGGAUAGUGUACGAUUAGAUAACUUAAGGAAAUCUCGAAAAUCUGUCAGUAGCAAACGACGAAUAGCACAAAAGUUGACGUUUCUAUCUACUGAUUCCAGUGAAGAGGAGCAAAAGAUGUCACCACAAAAACGUAUGCGCAAUUUUCGAGAAAACAAAAACGCAAAUUCAGAAACAUCUCCACAAUAUACCAUGACGUUGAGAAAACGACAAAAGGUAGAAACAAGAUCUUCAUCUAGGAACAUGUCCAAAAAUUAUGAAGCGUAUGCACCACAAAAAAGAUAUGACGUGACAUAUCUUUAUUAUAAAGAUAUUCCGCAAACAAAGGAUGCCCUAUCAGAAAAUGAAGAAUUAUCUGCAUAAUCUUGAGCAGUAAUCUCGAUAUAAAUAAUUAUUUUGUGUGAUAUUGAUAACAAAUAUGCAAAAUUCUUUAUUUUAAGAAAAUAUUUUUAUCUUAUAUAUCUCUUUUCUUAAAUUUUGUAUGUGUAAAUCAUAAGAUCUAAAUUUUUGUUCAUUUAUGUUGAUACAAUACGAGUGCCAUUAUUUUUUAAUAAAAUAAUAUAAAUGUAAUAUAAAUGUAAUAUAAUAUAUAGUAAUAAUAUUAAAUAUAAGAUUCUCUGGGUAGAAAUACAGGAUGUAUAUUUUUAAAAGGAGGAAGAAUAAAAGAAACAAAGAGGAUUAUAGAAAUACAAGGCUUUAAAUAUAUUGCUUUCGUGUUUAAUGUUGUCAUUUAACAAUUGUAUAAAUUGUAUGUAUGAAAUAUCAUUUGUUCUUAAGUGAUAUAAGAAACAUACAUAAUUCAUUGGUGCGUAUUUAAAUAAAAAUUGCGGACAGUCAAUACAGAUACAAAAAA